AUGGUGCUGCUCAUACCCCUCAUCUUUACACUCUUCCUGGAGGUAAAAUCUCAAGGAAACUCUGAUCAGUUUUUGCUGACAGUAUCUCCAGCAUCAGUUCAGAAAGACUCAAGCACUGUGCAGCUGAGACAUGAAGAACGUGACGCUCAGUCUGAUUUUACUAAAAAUUUUUUUCCUGUGAAAAAUCAUUCACCACCAACAACAAAGGGAACAUUAUAUUCAACACCGACUUUUUCUAUAAAUGCUACAGCAACAGAGCCAAAAACAACUCUGGCUACAGAAUCCAGUACUUGUUAUGAGACAAACAUAAACCCUACAACUGAAACUACUCAUCCUUCACAACCUCUCAAUGUCACAUGGAACACAACAGGGGUUCUCAAAGUUUCAACUCCUGGUGAAAAUGCUGUCCAUGAAACACCAAGAACAAAAGCAUGGCUCAUCCUGACCAUUGCAGCCACAAGCGGAGGGAUUUUCCUGACCGGACUCGUGGGCAUCUGUCUGUGCUGCAUCAGACUGCAACAAAGAAAAAAGAGCCCGGUGAAUACUUCUGUAGCAGCCAUUCCCCAGACCUCAGUAUCAGAUGAUUCUGAUGCCAAUGAGGAACAUUCUGAAGAAAAUGGGAUAAAACUGUACCACGUGUACUGCACUAUUCCUGAUGUCGCUGCAAACUCUCAUGUGUUAUACAGUCUGGCACAAAUGCCAAACCGUCCUCUGCCAGUUUAAGUUUUCUAUCAUUAUAUUAUAAUAAUUGAAUUAACAUUAAAAGAGAAUUUGGAUGUUUCGCUUUCAAUCAAACUAUUUGUUUUUUCUAAUAAUCAGAAAAAAAGCAAUGCCAGAAAAUAUCAGAUAUUAUUGGUCUAAUGGCUUUUAACUUGAUCACUGCUGUGCAAUACGCACACACACAAAAACAAACGAACAAAAAAACUAAAACACUUAAUGUUUUGUGAGAUUUCCAUUGGUUUCACUGUAUAUUUGUGGUCAGUAUUUAGGACAGACUACUGCACAUGCAAACCCAGCCUCUCACUUCUCCUUUAAACCAAGAGUAUCUCAGUCCAGUGAGAAUCUGAUUCAAAACUAACAUUUUAGCCCCAUGGUUUUAGUCAUUUUACAUCCUUGUAUUUGUGCACUGUUGCUUCUUGUCAAACCAAAGAUCAUCAAACAUUAUAUAAUUACUCAAACAUUACAAAGAAGCCAAAAAAGGGCUAUUAAAAAAAAAAAAAAAAAAAAAAAAAAACAUAGUUUUUACAAAAGCUUUACAUUUUAUACCACAUUAUUUAAAGACCUAGAAAAAAACUAAAUAACUAAGAUAUAGUAUUACAUAUUCACCCUAUGUAUCACUCCGGUUCAUAUUUAUAUUUAUAUAUUUAUAAAUAUUCAGCUCUGUAAAAUGGUUCAGUCUUACUGUAAGUGAUCUCUGCUGUUUAAUAUAUUUUGUGAAGUUUUACCAUGAAAUAAGAUAGACCCCUUUUUCUGCUUACUUUCAAAUUUCAAUAAACUGUUAGUGUACAUCUUUCUUUAACCAUUAUACAUAAGGCCUAUAAUGGCAUUUUUAACUUACUAUACAGUAACAGCAAAGUUGAGUUAACCAGUUAACUAUGCAA